AUGAACGGAUUCGUAAUUGAAAAUUAUCCAAUGAAUGAUUUAGAACUGGAAGGCAUUUAUGGAUAUGAACGAGCACCAAUGAAACGUGGAUUCUUCAUUCACCUCAAUGAUUUCAACAACAACGAAGAAAGGAAUGUUUCAGAUAUAUUCAACGAUCAAAUUGAAUCAGGUGGUUUGAAACAAAUUCGACCACUUUUACCAAGCAACGGAUUUUUUGAAGACGUGGUAGAAAAUAAAUCCAGACUAAUUAGCGAAGAUUUCAUUACUAAGGAUGAAAUGGGUGAAAACCUAAAUAUAGAAAUUUCCAGAGUUGCAAUGGAUUUGCAGAGUUGCAAAGAGACAAUGGAUUUUAAUAUUUCAAAAUUAGGAUUAAUGCGUGUGAAACCGGUUGACCCGAUGUUCGGAUUUUUUGAAAACCUUCUCUUCAUGCCAAACUCAGAAGUGCCUCAAUCUUUUAACUUCAAUGACGAGUUAGAAAAAAAUGAGAGCAUUGAUUUCAAUGACGAUGAAUUUGAGCUGGAACAUCCAACCUUCCUGAUGUAUUCUUAUGAUUUUGUCAAAAUAUCCACGCCAAUACACAUGUCGUCACUCCAUGAGUCAGACAUGGAAUUAACUGAUGAUGACGGUUUGUAA